AUGACGGAUGGUCUAUUGUUGUGGGGUUCUGUAGCUAGCAUUCAAGAUAUUUUUAUUCUACAAAAAAGAGCUGUCCGCGCUAUAUACGAGUAUAAUUUACGGUCUAGAGAAUCUCUCAAAGUAUUUAAAGAAAUAAAUAUUUAUACUGUGGCCUCUCAAUACAUCUAUGAAAAUAUUAUGUACACAAGAAAACAUUACGAUUCCUUCACAAAAAAAGUAGUGUUCAUAAUCUUAACACAAGAAAUAAAAAUAAACUUGCCGUUCCAAGCUUCAGACUUUAGAAAACCAGAGGAUUAUUUCUGGUAUCUGGGCGACAGAUCGCCCUACCAAAUGUUUCAGACACGUGUUUUACCAUGCGAGGUGUACCAUGCUAUUCCAACCCAGCAGGGUGCCUACAUUAUGGAGGUAAUUUUACCUUGUUUUACGGGUUCUAAAAUUACUCGGCUCCGUGAAGCGAGACGCAUACAAAGAAUGCAGAGAUCCUCGUCGCCAUCAUCCAGCGAUGAGUCCAAUCAUCCCCCCUGCCCUCCAACAGUGGACAAAGUUGCCCAGAAACUGGUCAUCCUCGAACUUGCGAAGAAAACUAUCACACUGAUGCAAAAGAAUCAGUUGAUCCAACAGAAAAUUGUGGCGCUACAAAAAGAGACGUCGGAAUUUGUAGCGGCCGUUAUGAAGAAUCCUGAAAAUAGGAGAAGGUAUUAUGAACACCUCAUGUUGUAUGGAAUACCGCAACGGUUCCAGUUACAGAUAACAACUGAAAACAUGUCCACAAUCAAAGUUGAACCUACCACAUAAAUACUACACAGUCAUAUGUUACAAACUACGGUACAGGAAGAUACAACUAAUGUGACUCACUGAUGUACCAGCUAUUACGAAACGCGACAAAUGUUGGCCAAUCAGAGCGAUUCAAAUAUCAAACCAUCGGGCCACCCACCAAUAUCCACGCACCUGGCCCCUGCUGAGGGAAUGAGAUGGACACCACCUUAUGGUUAUUCACUACAACGCGCGUUCGUUGAAAUUGGUACAAUUUCUCUGGGCAGGCAAAGAUUCAUCACGCAUUAUAUUAGUUGGAACUCACUGUAACUAUGUGUGGUACAUUAUCUAAAUUCAGAAUGUCAUCGUCUGUAUGUGAUUUAGUUUAUGUGGGAUUUUGUUCUUAUUCUAGACUUUGUUUAUGUGAAAUUAAUUUAUGGACAUAACGCAUUCCUACGAUGUGAAGUAUAAGUUAGGAAAGUUAAUUACUUUUAUUGUGUUGUACAUAAUUAUUUUAAGGCGGAAUUUGAUUCGAUUUCAUUAUGCAUGAUGCCUUCUACUUGUUUGUAUCAUCUAUGAAUUGAUAUGCUUCUACAAUCUAAGUAUAUCGUAAUUAAGUCAUAUUUACUUAUAAUGAAAAAAAUAAUUUGAAAACAUAAAUAUAAAAAGAUCUCGACUGUCUCUUGUAAAUAGUUAUUUAUAGUUUAUAAGGGGAUAUUUUGCCUUUUGAUUGACUUAGCUCUUUAGGUAUUAGGUGGAACUACUUUUUCAUGACAAGGUUUAUGAAAAUAUAGCCUUGAUUAUUAAAAUUUAGGUACAAACUUACUUAAAAAAUUGAGAGUUGUCACUCGGUGAAUCUGGGAUCCUAACAUGAACUCUUUAAGGCAAAAGAAUUUCCAAACGACCGCCACAUUUUAACACGUAUUGCAUAUAUUUUGACAAAUAUGAAUUUCACAACAAAAAGUCGCGAAAUAUUAAAAAAAUGCCUCUGAUAAAUUAAUAAAUGUGUGACGCACAAUAUUAACGUAUAUCGUAAUAAGAUUUAUACAAUAAAAAAUAGUUUGCGAGUAAUUAAUCGAAAGUAUUCGAAUUAUUGCUUUACGCUUCUUCUGCAAGAGGUCACGAUAAGACCCCAGAUGACUCUUAAAACGUCCUUGAUACUUUAUUCACAGGAGGUUUUUAUAAGGUGUAACUUUCAAUAGUCGUCAUAAAGCCAAUAAUUUAAAAUGCUGUGUCUUACGUGAAAAUGUUGUGGUAAUGUUAGGUAUUUGCUAUAACGAGGUAGGUAUAUUGUAAGCAGAAUUGGGCGUAAUCUAUAUUAUUUUUGUAAUUAAAUUACAAAUUUGAUUUCAGUAAUCUAGAUCAGAGGUUGCCAAGCAAUUUUUUCUCGUAGACCUCCCGCUGCUACAUUUUUACCAUAUUCCCAAAACUCGUCGAAAAUGUGAAGAUCUAACGAUGGUCCAACCUUAAAUUCGCCUCUUCUAUUUUUAUUUCACACCAAAGUAGACCUCCGUUGAAUCGCUCGUGGACCCCUGGGGGUCCACCUGGACCACUUAGGGAAUCAUUGAUCUAGAUUAUAUACAGUCAAGAUUACGCGUGUAACCACUAAUAUUGAUUUAAUACUAAUCUUUAUUAAUGGUUUCAAUUGAAUUACUUUUAGUACAGAAUUUAAAUGUAGUCUUAAAUCAUCGUUGCUAAUUAACGAAAGGAUUCCUAAUAACCUUUUUUAUAUUAAUGAGUCACUGUAACCAUAUGGUUACAUCCGAGGAGAAUCUAAGAAUUUUGAGGUUCCGGGUUCAUUUUCUUGUAUAAUAUACCUAAAGGAUUUUGAUGGCGAAUUUCUACGGAAACAUCUGUUCUUUACCUAUGAUUUUUACACUAAAUGAUAUUGUUUAUAAUCAUUAAUUAUGAAACUAAUUACCUACUUUCAUUAAUAUGUUAUCAUGAUUAAAGGUUGCAUUUGUAAACUGUCUAAGUCUGUAACCUGUUUUAUAUUUUACCCAUCUCUGAAUUGUAAGAGGCUGUUGUAGAUAAGAACAAGAUCUUCGUACAAUUUAAUUUAUUUUCGUAAUCACAGUGUUACUGUGAUGUUAUUAUUUAUAUUAAGGUUGAUUCUAAGAUUAUGUGAUCAUAAACUAAGCGUUUAAGGCUGCGAUAAUAUCUAGCCCGCGCCACGUGUAGCCACGCGUGUCGUCAAUUUCUUAAAAUUUAGUUCCACGACAAGUAGAACGGAGCUAAUGUAAUCAGUCUCAUACUAAAUAUGACCAAAAUGGAUUCCUUAAACCACACCUAGCGACACAUGACGCGGUCUAGUCAUUAACGUUGAUGCAAAUUUUUAAAGAAAAAUAAAUAUCUAGAAAUGUAAACAUUAAUUGUAUAAGUUAUUAAUUGCUUUAUAAUAUUUUAAUGACUGAUAUCUUUAUAGGUAAUUGUAUCGUUGCCUAUGUAUUAAUGUAGUUUUUAUCAUAACAUUUUUGCAAAAUAUAAGGUUAUAAUAUUAUAUGUAAGAUUGAAUUGUUCAAUACUCUUAAACAACAAAAAAUAAUCGUCUAUAUUUUUCUUACAUAGAUUGACAGAUUUUUAUUUAUUUUAGCAUGUAUUUGAGCCAGCAAAGACACAAAUGUCAUGUCAUAGUUCAAAAAUAUAUCAAAAUAAAAAAUAAUGCUGUUCAAAGUUUCAGUUAUCUAUCAUUUGUUUAAUUAAGGGUUGUGUCUCACAAUGUGUGGUCUUGACAAUAAAUAAUAAAAUAUUGGAACAAAAAGUUUGACAAAGAACGCACAUUGCG